CUAAAGAUAUAAUUUUAUUCCUUCGACCUCAUUUCUUCGGCCAUUCCCGGUCCUGCCCCUUGCUUUCAAAUAAAAACAGGCUCCUGGUCCAGCAAUUGCUUGGCGUGCAAUCUCCAGGUCCAGGCGAGUUUCAACCUCCGGCCUUCAGGCCCAGACGCAACUUUGCUUCAUCCACCACCCCUCAACCACGCUAUUUAACCCUUCACGGCUUCACCUACCUAGUUUGUCCCCUCCAACUUUUUCAAAUCUCUCAUGCUUUCCACAAUGUAUUUUCUCAGUGCAAGAACUAAACUCUUGCUCACUCUCUUGCCCGUUUCUGUCUUCCUCUUAAUUCUACUAACACUACCUCUCAAAAACAGCCCAACCGCAGAAAUCCCACAUUUACAUAUCCACAAACACUUCCAAAUUGCUCAUUCGGCAUGUGAAGGCACACUGUACCCUCAACUUUGUGUCUCUACUCUGCUUGCUCUCCCAGAUCUCACUUCCAAGUCCCUCCCUGAAUUAAUCUCCGGCACCAUAAACCGCACAAUGUAUGAGGUUGGAGUCUCCUACUCCAACUGCAGCGGCAUUAGAAACAAGUUUAGAAAGAUUAAAAAAAUUGAAAAUGUAGCUCUCACUGACUGCCUAGAGCUCUUCAGUGAAACCAUUGAUGAGCUCAAAUUAGCACUCGCUGAUCUCUCAACCAAAGCUUCAGUAUCCAAGCAUUACCAUGAUCUGCAGACUCUGUUGAGCGCUGCAAUGACGAACCAGUACACUUGCCUUGAUGGGUUUGCUUAUACCAGAGGAAACGUGAGGAAAACUAUCAAGACUAGCCUGUAUAACAUUUCCCGUCAUGUGAGCAACUCUCUAGUCAUGCUCAAGAAAAUCUCAGGUGUUAAUGCAUCCAAGUCUGCGGCUUUCCCCGAUCAUGGCAAUAUGAAACGCGGGUUCCCAUCAUGGUUGUCCUCCAAAGAUCGUAAACUCUUGCAGGCUCCGCCGAAUGCAACAAAAUUUGAUUUGAUAGUGGCUAAAGACGGCACCGGAAACUUCACUACUAUUGGCCAAGCGGUGGCCGCAGCACCAAACUCUAGCACGACAAGGUUCGUUAUAUAUAUAAAGGCUGGGGCUUAUUUCGAGAAUGUGGAUGUGGAGAAGAAGAAGAAGAUGCUGAUGUUCAUUGGAGAUGGAAUCGGAAAGACAGUGGUAAAAGCUAAUAGGAGCGUGGUUGAUGGGUGGACUACUUUCCGGUCAGCAACCGUCGCCGUGCUAGGGACCGGGUUCAUAGCCAAGGGCAUUACCUUUGAGAACUCAGCAGGGCCUAGCAAACACCAAGCAGUAGCCUUGAGGAGUGGUUCAGAUCUAUCAGCAUUCUACCAAUGCAGCUUCGUUGGCUACCAAGACACUCUCUACGUCCAUUCCCUUAGACAAUUUUAUCGCGAAUGUGAUAUAUAUGGAACCAUCGACUUCAUUUUUGGCAACGCAGCUGCAGUAUUCCAAAACUGUAACUUAUACGCCCGUAAACCAAACGAUAAUCAGAAAAAUAUAUUCACUGCCCAAGGUAGAGAAGACCCAAACCAGAACACUGGAAUCUCUAUACUAAACUCCAAGGUCACUGCUGCUGCUGAUCUAAUCCCAGUAAAAUCAUCCUUCAAGACAUAUCUCGGGCGUCCCUGGAAGGAGUAUUCGAGGACAGUGUUCCUUAGAUCGUAUAUUGAUGAUGUGGUGGAUCCUGCGGGGUGGCUAGAAUGGAAUGGGUCCUUUGCAUUGGGUACUCUUUAUUAUGGAGAGUAUAUGAACAGAGGCCCUGGAUCACAUACGAGCGCUAGGGUUACAUGGCCUGGCUAUAGAGUCGUCAAUAGCUCAGCUGAGGCUAGCCAGUUUACUGUUGACGCAUUCAUACAGGGAAGUGAAUGGCUGAAUUCUACUGGCGUUCCUUUCUUCUCAGGUUUAAGUUAGAUGCUUUACCAUUUGCCAUUUUUAGUGGAUCGUCUCACGUCCUGAGAAAGUCUGGUCUGUGAGAAAUUUUAUAGUAAUAAAACGAUUCCCCAAUGUAAAAAUCCUUCUUGAAAUGGCUUGGUGACGAAAAAAAAAAAUCUAUAAAUUUUAUAAUAAAUCGGUUUAGAUAAGAGGUUUGCAGUUGGGAAGCCCAAA